GGAGCGGGCGGGAGCCGGCGGCGGGGGCGGCGGGCCGGGCGCCAUCCCGGGCCCCAGCGGAGGGGGCGCUGCGGCGGGAGGCCGGCUGGGCGGCGGGCGGGGCGGGGCGGAGCGGCGGCGGGGCGGCUGCCAGCGAGCGAGCGCCGCGCGCGCCGCUGCAGCCACCGCCUCCUCCGCUGCUCGGCCCGGUCCCGGUGCGGCCCGGCCGGCCCGCGGGGCGCGGAGCCGAGGCCCGCGGCCGGCCGCAUGAAGGACUGCGAGUACCAGCAGAUCAGCCCCGGGGCCGCCCCGCCGCCCGCCUCCCCCGGGGCGCCCCGCCCCGGCCCCGCCGCGCCCCCCGGCCAGGGCCCCGGGCCCGCGCCGCCCGCCGCCCCCGCCCCGCCGCGCUGGAGCAGCAGCGGCAGCGGCAGCGGGAGCCUCGGCCGCCGCCCCCGGCGCAAGUGGGAGGUGUUCCCGGGCCGCAACCGCUUCUACUGCGGCGGCCGCCUCAUGCUGGCCGGCCACGGCGGCGUCUUCGCGCUCACGCUGCUGCUCAUCCUCACCACCACCGUCCUCUUCUUCGUCUUCGACUGUCCCUUCCUGGCCCGCCAGCUGACCCUCGCCAUCCCCAUCAUCGCCGCCAUCCUCUUCUUCUUCGUCAUGAGCUGCUUGCUGCAGACAAGUUUCACCGACCCCGGGAUCCUGCCCCGGGCCACUGUUUGUGAGGCAGCUGCCUUGGAGAAACAGAUCGACAACACCGGCAGUUCCACGUAUCGGCCGCCCCCUCGGACCCAGGAGGUGAUGGUCAACGGGCAGAUGGUGAAGCUGAAGUACUGCUUCACCUGCAAGAUGUUUCGGCCACCCCGGACCUCACACUGCAGUGUCUGCGAUAACUGCGUGGAACGGUUUGACCAUCAUUGCCCCUGGGUGGGCAACUGUGUGGGGAGACGAAACUACCGCUUCUUCUAUGCUUUUAUUCUCUCCCUCUCAUUCCUCACGGCCUUCAUCUUCGCCUGCGUGGUCACCCACCUGACGCUGCGCUCUCAGGGAAGCACCUUCCUCUCCACUCUGAAGGAGACACCAGCGAGCGUGCUGGAGUUGGUGAUCUGCUUCUUCUCCAUCUGGUCCAUCCUGGGCCUCUCAGGGUUUCACACUUACCUCGUCGCCUCCAACCUGACAACUAACGAAGACAUCAAAGGCUCGUGGUCCGGCAAGAGGGGCGGCGAGGCCUCCGUCAACCCCUACAGCCAUAAAAGUGUUAUCGCCAAUUGCUGUGCCGUGCUCUGUGGCCCCCUACCUCCCAGCCUGAUUGACCGGAGGGGAUUCGUGCAGCCCGACACCGUGUUGCCCUCGCCGGUCAGAAGCGACGAGCCAGCCUGCGGAGCCAAGCCCGACGCCAGCAUGGUAGGAGGCCACCCCUGAUCCGGGCUCGGUACUUGCCGCCUGUUGGCCUGUCUGCCCCUCCACACUCACCUGCUGCCCUCCACACCUGCCAGGACCCUCCCCGUUCCAUCCGAGGGAAGCAGAGCCGCCAAAGAGUCAAGUCAUUUCAUAUUUAUUUCCCACCCCUGCGUGGCUUUCCCCAAACUGUUCCAUGGCUGUACCCUCUGCUCCCCAAACCCGGGUCCCCACAGCCCUGGGGUGACAGGAGAGGCCAGAGCCUCUGGAGACCAACACAGGGCCAUGCCGAAUCUCCGCCUGUGCCAGGGUGAGCCCUGUGCGAGUGAGGGUGUGAACUGAGCGUGAGCCCUUCCAGGUGGGGAAGCUGCUGGGGACUUGCUGAGCCAGGGGGUUUGGGGUGAAGUGCAGGACUGAUCAGUCAGCUCUGGACAACAGGUUGUGGGGGAAUAAGCCUCUGUGGGCUGCUUUGGUUUGUGGGCUCUGUCAUUCUUUUGGUGAAGAUAAUUGUUCUUUUUGUGUGUGUGUGUGUGUGUGUGUGUGUGUGUUUGUAUUGAGAUAGCCAGUAGGAUAGAGCUGGGGUUUCAGGUAGAGAGGGCUGAGUUGGUGGGGGCAGCCUGUGUCAGAGGAAGCCAAACCAGUCAGCAAGGCCCCCAAACCCUCAGCUCCUUCCAGAUUCCUGACCGCACUCUAGGAAGUGGGUGUGCUUCCUUGCCUUCUCCCUGCCCGUGGGGGGCUCUCUGAGGUAUCCCAGCUUGGCUCCCCACCUCUCUCCAGUCAGGUCUGGGGACAGGUGGGUUAUACUCAGACUGGCCAUACUUGAAACGGGUUUAUUAAUGCUAGGUAUUUUGCACAAUUUUAUAGGCCUCUUUUCUACAUAGCAUUUUUUUUAGAUAGAAGGAAGAAGACGAAGAAAAAACCAAAGUCAGCCACAUUGCUAUCUGUAUAGUGCCAGGUAGUGGGUAGCAGAAUUCACGUUGGUUUUAAUAAGUUUAUUACAAGAUACCUUCUGAUUGUGAGUGAACAAGUGUGUGUGUGUCUGUGCCGUGCACAGAUGUGGCUGGCUCCCACUUCCCCACAUCCCCUGGGUUGCCCCCUGCUCCACCAGGCCCCUUGGGUAUCAGCCGGCAACAGGCACAGUUUGAGCCACAGGGACUGGAAAAAGAUGGACGUUGGUCACAAAGGACCCCUGGGCUCAGCCCCCAUCCUCCUAUCUCUCCUUUCUCCAUGGACUUCAGACAACCAGGGGCGGGGGGACUCUGCCACCCCCCCACCUCCCCACCGCCACCACCCACCCCCCAGGUUAGGCUUCCAGCUGGAACCUGCCCAGACAGGCCGAGGCAGGGCGUGGAGGGUGGGGCAGUGGCUGCUUGGGGAGCGGCUGCCAUCCCACAAACCACAACCCCUCCUCCCAGCUCUGAGGAUGGGACCCAGUGCCAGGGGCUAGAGGACGGGGUGUCUCUGCUGACUGGGGGCCUCCAUCCAGAGAAAAGGAAGAAAGGAGUGAGGUGGGCCAAGAGGAGAGUGAAAGUUGGCCUAAACCUGGGCCAGAAUCUCAGAAGGGCUGGAUGUCCCUUCUCUGCAGUUGUUUAUCAAAACAGAUAGAAAUCAUUCCUGUGUCCCCCUCCUUGGCCCUUCAAGUGGGUAAAGCCCUUGGAAAAUGACAUAGGAGGCCCCUGGAUCUUGCCCUUCCUUGGUCCGGAGGCUUGUGGAUCAGACAGAGCUGGGACAUGGCAGCCACAGAGGGAUCCCUCUGGGAGAAACAGCUUUGCCCCAGCCUCAGGGCCUGGGCCUUCUACAGUGGCCCCGGAAGUGGGGAGGAAGUUGGCCAGAGGAGAGGGCCCCCACUUGCCUUUUAUUUAAGCCAGUAUUCUUUGUUCCUGCCUGUAAUAAAACUUUUGUUUUUUAAGAGUU